AUGGUAUAUUUAGAUAAAGAAGGUAUACUUCCUUUAGGAACAGCUCGUUUAAAUCGUAUUUCAGGACUGAUAAUGCCAAAUGAGAAAGAGUUUAAAAAACUAGGAGGAGGUUCAAUGUGUGAAAAAACUACAACAAUUGACAAUGUUAAAGUAUCUGCAGUGUCGUGGUUUGACAACAAAGUAGUCACAAUGGUAUCAACCUAUGUUGGAAGUCAACCCACUGUAGAGAAACGACGGUUCUUCAGGUCAUUAAAAAUUAAGAAAAUGGUACCAUGUCCAAAGGCAGUUGAUGUAUACAAUCAGUAUAUGGGUGGAGUGGACUUACUUGAUUCUAUGUUAGUUUAUUAUAGAAUAUCAUUAAUAUCAAGAAAGUACUACAUGAAGAUGUUCUAUCAUAUGAUUGAUUUAUGUGUGGUAAACGCCUGGCUUUUGUACCGUACCUGUAUCCAGAUACAUAUACCAUAG